CCCAGCGGAAAUAGGAUGCUUCCAGAAGGCAUGGAACCUCCAACGGAUUCGAAGUGUUAUCAAGCGUGGCAUAUGGGUCGAGUAACCUUCGGACGGAGCCCUACUUUCCCGCAAACUACACCAAGCCCUAUAACGUGUGGCGACUACCCGACAUUUAGCGUCCUCAAUGCAAGUUUGACAAGUUCUUGCGCAAGAGUCUUCGAUAGCACUCUGUACCCAACCAUGAUGGGUCGAGGUUCUGGAUUGAUCGCUGAAUGCAAAUUGCUCCCGACACAGAGUCUCUACGCCCAACCAGUGACAUCAGUCACUGAUUGUAGGGAAAUAUAUACUACACAAAGUGAACAGCCCAAAAUUCACGAAACUUUGGAACGAAAUUACUUCCAUGAGCCCUCAUACGCCUUUUCCAGCUGUUCAGACAUGAUACAUUUCGACUAUCUUGACACUCAAGGGCGCACUGUGGAAAACCCUUUUCAAGAGCCACGACCAAGUAUUUCAAGACUUCCGCAGAGCGCUAGCCCACGGUCAGAUGAGCAAGAUACGAGCUCUUGGUGCGAUUCGAAUAUUCUCGAUCAUGCCCUUCCACAAGAUGAGUUCUCCGAACGGUAUGCGAGUAACUUCCAUCUGGACUCUAUGAAUCCAACUCAAGCAAUAAAAAGCCAUGAGGAUCAUGUGCGGAGUGGUAGUCAAUUCAAUUUUUAUCCGGAAUCAAAAGCAGCAACUCCAGCCAGUAGAGGCACAUCACCUUGCGGCUUCUUGGCUCUCGACUCACCUUUGAUCAAACCUUUAGACUCUCCAAGGUCAGCAUUGAGGGGUAUAACCUGUACGCCAGACACUGGGCAGUCAAAAUCAACCUUGUUAUCGUCCGCAGCAAAGGACGAAUUUCUAAUUAGUUGCAAGCUUGCAGGGAUGUCGUACAAAGACAUCAAACGAAAAGGGCAUUAUGCAGAGGCUGAGUCCACAUUAAGAGGUCGGUUCCGCACAUUAACAAAGCCUAAAUUGGAACGCGUGCGAAAACCCAUUUGGAAGGACCAUGACGUGAGUAUUCAUUUCAGAUGCCUUGUAGGGAAUUUCUAAGCUCUAGCAGGUCCGACUCCUUUUGGAGGCUGUUCAAGAGUAUCAGAACGCCAAAGAGGGAAACUAUUCUCGAACCACUCAGAUCCGAAGAAAUGCCGAAAUAAGGGCGAUAAAAAUCCCAUGGAAGAAAGUAGGUCAAUAUAUUUUGAAUCAUGGUGGUUCAUAUCAUUUUGGGAACGCCACCUGCCGGAAAAAAUGGGACGAAAUCAUGGGAGGUGACAACAGCACUGUAGAAAGAAGAAAAAGUCGCGGGGGAAGAUCAAGUUCCAGGCACCCGCGCUAUUCUGCUUGAUAGAGAUUGAUAGAUUACUUUCUUUAUAUAUCCGCGAACAUGACAGCAUUUGCGCGAG